GUUUUCUUAAAAUUUAAUACGAUCAAUUUAAUUGAAAUUUUAAAAGAAUAAGCUGAAUUUAAGUAAUAUUUUCAAUAAUGUUUAACUUCGGUUUUCCUGAAAUGCGAUGGCCAGAAAUGAGAAAUUUUUCACAGAAUUAUCGAUGCUUCUCUGUGUCUAUGUUGCCAGGAAAUGAGCGCGCUGAUGUAGAGAAUGGAGGAAAAAUCAUUAUGCCACCGUCAGCACUAGAUCAAUUAACAAGACUUAAUAUAGAAUAUCCAAUGUUAUUUAAGAUAACAAAUCGUCAUGGCAAGAGAGAAACACAUGCAGGAGUUCUAGAGUUUAUAGCUGAUGAAGGUAGAAUUUAUAUUCCGUACUGGAUGAUGAAAAACUUGGUUUUAGAAGAGGGCGACUUGGUAACAGUCGAAAAUUUAUCCCUGCCUGUAGCAUCUUAUUCAAAAUUUAAGCCACAAAGUGUCGAUUUUUUGGACAUAACAAAUCCAAAAGCUGUACUGGAAAAUUGCUUAAGAAACUUUGCAUGUCUCACGAUAGGAGACGUUAUUGCUAUAUCCUAUAAUAGUAAGAUUUAUGAGCUACUCGUAUUAGAGACUAAACCCGGCAAAGCUGUGACAAUUAUUGAAUGCGACAUGAAUGUGGAAUUUGAUGCACCAGAAGGAUAUAAAGAGCCAGAGCGAAUACCUAAACAGCAAGAUGAGAUGGAUGUCGAUAAUAAUCAUCAUCAGACGACUCACAUUGAUAAUAAUGAAUUUUAUGCCUUCAAAGGUGAAGGAAGUAGACUCGAUGGCAAGAAGAUUAAAGAGCCAAUAAAGAGCGAACCACCGUCACAUAUUUUAGAGAAAUAUACUCGCGGUAUUCCCGACUAUGAUCACAAUAUCUUCGAGCUAAAAUUUGAUAGAAGCUCCAAACCUAAAACAGCUGUAAAGAGUGAGAAAGACGAUUUCAAGACUUUUCAAGGGCUUGGCAAUAGUCUGCGAAAUAAGAAGCAAUAGCUUCAGACUUGAGGAAGUUACACACACUGGAUCUUUAAUUUCCUUUUAUCUCUUUUCUGCUUUAUUUAUAUUUUAAAAACUUUCCAAAUGAAAAAUUUUGUUUCUUUUUAAAUAAGAAAUUAAUAAUUUGAUUAAAAAUGAAAUGAUACAAAAAAGAUACAGUAUAAUUAAAUUUCGUGUCCGUAGAAUCAGGAUAAAUGAUAUUGCAGAAUUGGCAGCAUUUAUAGAUUAAUUUUUGGGUGAUUUAGAAUCUCUUCAAGAACUCUUCAGCACAAAUACGCGCACGACUAUUAACAGACAGCUUUAAUUCACUAAUUUCUUUAUCAACUUCCUCCAUGAAAUGGAUGACAAAGUCAACAAGUUUGUGCUUAUACAUUUGUUCGGUAUGAAAAUUGGUGAUAAGGAAUGAUAUAUCAUAGCCCUCAAUAGGCUUUCGUCUUAAUAUUACAAAGUUUUCAGCUCUCAUCAUCAUAAAGCGCGUAAAUUUGUGACAUAAAAUCUUCUCAAUCUCGUCUGCCUGCUUUAUGGAAAUACUAAUACGGACUGAAUUAACACUUGUCUCAAUUAAUACUCGUUCCUU